AUGAUUUUCCGCUCGUCUCUCUCGCUCUUCCAGCUCGUCGCGCUGGUCGCGACGCUCUCCCACCUCCUGAUAGCUCUCGUCGAUGCUCACGGCUACAUCAAUGCUCCCGCCUCGCGCUCGUACAUGUGCAAGGAGGGCGCUGCCAAGAACUGCGGCGAGAUCCAGUACGAACCGCAAUCACUCGAAGCGCUCAAGGGUCUUCCGUUCGCUCGCGUCGGCGAUGGCAAGCUCUGCUCGGCCGGUCUGAGCCAGUUUGCCCAGCUCGAUCGGCAGGGCCCUGGUGUUUGGCCCACCACUAAGGCUAGCGGCGUUCACUCGUUUUCGUGGACAUUUACCGCUCAGCACGCUACCACCGACUUCAAGUACUUCAUCACCAAGUCGAGCUGGGACUCGUCCACCACCAAAGGUCUUAGUGCCAGCGACUUUGAAUCCGACCCGUUCCUUGUCGUGCCUAUGGGUGGAAAGCCUCCUGCUGCUAGCAUGACUCACGACUUGACCAAGAACCUGCCCUCGCGUUCGGGUUACCACGUCGUGUAUGCUGUUUGGACCGUCGACAACACGGCCAACGCCUUCUACCAGUGCAUGGAUCUCGACUUCGGCGGUGGUAAAGGUAACAGCACUGGCAAUGCAGACAGCUCCCCCGCCACUUCGUCUGUCAACUCUCCGAAGGGAACAUCGACGUCGACCGCCCACACGGGUGCAUCUACUUCUUCGUCGUCGAACUCCAGCCCUGCUGCUGCUUCGUCUUCUUCGGCCAACACCGCCAACUCAGGUGCUUCGGGAGCCCCUGUCGCCAACCCCAAGAGUCACACCACCAAAGGCGGUAACGCCGCCGGAUGCCGCAUGAAGCGCAAACGUGCUCCUUCCGCUUCCAUUCUUGCUGCUCGAGGCGAUUAUCGACGCAACAGAAUUCAGGCGCAGCGAGAGCGACGACAGUCCUAA